GCAAGCUUUUCAAUUGUCAUCUCAACACCUCGACUGAGAUAAAAACGCAUUCAGGUGACGUUGUAAAUUGUGAGGCAAAUUCUAUCGACUGUCUGAUCAGUACCGUAAAAAUCCUCAAACUUCGAUACCAAUUGCUCGACCGCAACCUCAAAGCGAAUCACGUGCGAGAGAGCGCAUCGGCAAAUCAAUCAAUCCGCAGGCACGGUGCCACCUAGAACGACCUAGACGUCAUUCAGAUUUUCCGGGGAUGGCCCAAGCGACAACGUUAGCAUAAACGACCAGGGUGUUCCCCUUUAUCACGCGAUUGUGCCAAUUUCCCGCAAGCAACACCACGGGUAGCGGGCGUGGGCGCAAAAAAAAAAUUAAUAUACUAGACAACGAAUAAUCCGUACUCUCCCCCCGCCCUCCCGGACAACCAUGGCUUCCACUAUAGCCGCCCGUACACGCCUAGUGGCCAGGUCGCGUCCGAUGCACACGUACAGCUCGACAUAUCUCUACUCCCGCGCGCCACCCCCGAGCCGAGCAUGUUUUCCCUCUGGAGGUGCCGGCAGCGGUGCUGGUGGCUCGCGGUGCUACUCGACCCAUGAGACCCCCAAGAGGCCCAAGUUCACCUCGAGGCUGCGCUCUGCAUGGAAGAAUUCGAAAAUCACCUGGUACAAUAUCCCGGUCGGAGUCGGCAUUGGGUUUUUAGGACUGGUGCAGUUUUAUAGGGUACAGAGGAGGGAAAAGGACAGGUUAAAGGAUGAGGCCGAUGCCGACGCGGACAGCCUAUCAAGGCCCAAAAAGAGGCAAAGAAUCAGGCCAGAUGGACCAUGGCAGGUCCAGAUCAUGUCUACUUUACCCCUGAAAGCACUAUCGAGGUUAUGGGGCAGAUUCAAUGAGCUCACACUUCCUUAUUACCUGAGGAUUCCUGGUUUCAAGCUUUACUCUUUCAUCUUUGGCGUCAACCUAGAUGAGAUUGAAGAACAAGACCUCCACAACUUCCCCAACCUAGCAUCAUUCUUUUACCGGACGCUUAAGCCUGGCGCCCGUGUCCUCGACCCCAACCCCCUUGCACUUCUCUCGCCAUCAGACGGCCGUGUGCUGCAAUACGGCCAGAUCGAAGGCGGUGAUAUUGAACAGGUCAAGGGCAUGACGUACAGCAUAGAUGCGCUCCUCGGCGAGACUACACCUUCCAGGCCCGGCAGCCUGGCAUCCUCUGGCACCAGCACCCCGAACCCGGCGCAGGACGACGAGAUCGUGAAGCAGGACGAAGAGUUUGCCCGCGUCAACGGCAUCUCGUACACCUUGCCUAACCUACUGUCCGGUCCGUCCUCGAAAUCCAACAAGACCGACCAGGAUCUCGAAGACCAGUCCGUUACGCCGUCGCCGGCGUCAGUCUCCCAGGUCCGCGCCGAUUUAGAGCUAGGCGAGAAGCCGUGGUGGUCUCUCCUGGCCGAGCAGCGUCGCACCAAGCUCUACUACGCCGUCAUCUACCUCGCGCCGGGCGACUACCACCGCUUCCACUCGCCAACUAACUGGGUCGUCGAGCGCCGCCGCCACUUUGCCGGCGAACUGUACUCGGUCUCGCCGUAUUUGCAGCGCACGCUGCCGGGGCUCUUCACGCUCAACGAGCGCGUCGUGCUGCUCGGGCGCUGGCGCUACGGCUUCUUCAGCUACGUGCCCGUCGGCGCCACCAACGUCGGCAGCAUCAAGAUCAACUUUGACCGCGAGCUGCGCACAAACUCGCUCACCACCGACACGGCCGCCGACCGCGCCGCCGAGGAGGCCGCGAGGCGCGGCGAGCCCUACAGCGGAUAUGCCGAGGCCACGUACGAGAACGCCAGCCGCGUUCUGCACGGCCACGCCCUCAGGAGAGGCGAGGAGAUGGGUGGCUUCCAGCUGGGCAGCACCGUCGUGCUGGUGUUUGAGGCGCCCGCCCCGAGGAUGGAGGGCGGGCAGGUCCAGGAUGGCUUCGUGUGGGCUGUCGAAAAGGGGCAGACGGUCAAGAUGGGACAGGCGUUGGGCAGGGUUGUCGAUGACUUGUAACAAGUGCUGUUCUCGUCAUUUCUUGUUGUGUGAUAAAAAUAUUACAAGUCUAAUGUUUUCGUGCUCAAUUCUGAGUUCUAUCUUUUUUGUCUCCUUUUCUCAGAAGUAUGCUUACUGCCUGGUCUUGCUUUCCGAAAUACUGUUAUCUACCUGGGCCAUGACUGAAGCGAUAUACACACUAACAACAGUACUUGUAAUGCGCGGUUGUUGUGAAUUUAACCGCAUGGCCUGCUCCGGCUAUUUUUAUCACGGAACCACUUGUUGCUGGGAUGAUUAACCGCUGCAUGUACGGAAUCUUUGCCAGGCAUUACGCCGAUCUUUUGAGGAAGAAUCCUUUUGCAACGAAUGAAAAUUGACAACCCCAUGGGGCCAAUGAUGACGUGAGGUGCACAUCAGAUCUAAGGCUAGCGAAUUGCACGUGGUUGGUCUACGCCCUGCAACGACAUCCGUGUGAUUUGUUGACGAACAGCCUGGAUCUAAUCAUUGUCAACUGUUUUUUUUUUGUUUUUUUUUCAUUUGUAUAUCUGGCGCUUUAUGCAUUUCCAACUCCGCGCUCUGCACGAAAAGACACUACACAUGGAAAAAAGGAUUCUAAACCCCCCUCUUCAAUAAAAUUACCACCCACUAUAUAUACAAAGUAUCCCUGUGCGCCCAGCAUAUUUUUCUUUGGCUCCUUAAGCACCAAAGACCUUGACCUUGGUCUCGAGGGGAGCAAACUCCUUGUCGCCGGCGCUGCCGAGCUUGUUGCCAAAGACGAGCUGGGCGUUGAGCUUCCACUCCUUGGGGAUGUUCCAGGUAGUGGCAACCUUCUCGUCGACCAGGGGGUUGUAGUGCUGUAGGCUGGCGCCGACGUUCUCCUGGUCGAGGGCGACCCAGAGGGCG